GUUUGGAGCUGCUGCCGUGCCUUUGCAGUUCCUCCUCCUUGACCAGGUGCUGGGCUGCUGCCAGUGGGGAGGUGCAAUUUUGUGGUACGUCGGAGUUUGGGGAAGAACACCUAGCUCCUGCUCCUGGGCUGGUGGUGGCGGUGAAGCUGAACCUGCUGACGCUGGACCUGCUGGCCAAGCUCGUGGCGCUGCUCACCCUGGCCUUCUUCGUCCAAUUGAUCCUGCCAGUGCCGAGUAUGCCAACAGAGUAUGACACUGCACAGGAGUGGUCAUGGGCCUUUGGCGGAUUCAACUUUCCACGGGCAUCUUUCUAUCCGGAGGGGCGGCGAACUGGUGAAGCAGUAGGCUUCCCCCGUGUUGAUGAAGAUGUGGUGAUUGAAGCGCUCGCUGUGAUUGAGAAGUUGCCUGACCGUCAUCGGGUCCAGCAAGUCAUGCACGGCGACUCCACCGACUGGAAAGGGUGGCCGAUCCCAUGUUGCCGGGAGAACGACAACAUGCCAGAUGUCAGCGCCUACGGUCGAGACUGCAUCAAGUAUGUGAAGCUCUUCAUGAAGUUGGCUGGUUUUACGAGGGCAGAACCAAGGGCCCUUCCUGGCCAAGCGCAGGCUUCCCAAUUGCGAUCUACAGAAGACAGGAACGCGUCCUUGCUUGAGAAGUGCUUCUUCACAGAGCGCUUUACCCCUGAGCUGGUCAAUUUGCUGAACGGCUGCGGUAUCAAGCUGGGCGUAAAUCACACCACGCUGCGCGCAGAGCAGUUUUACAUCACCCGAACUCUUCCGCCUGGGAUCCGUCAAUUUACCCAUGCGCUGCCUGGCAAACAACCUCCAUGGACACGCAGUCUGUGGGCAACCAGCGACGGAUACUUCUACGUCCUGAGAUUGCAGCAAGCUGACGUGAGCCAUCGUGCGUUUGUGACAUUGAUUUUGCUUGCAAAAGCUGACGUGGUGAAAGGGGACUUCAAUGAGGCGAUGUCGGAUUGGUUCAUGUCCAACAAGCGGGAGGUUCCUUUCACAUGGACUGGCGAGACAGAGGUCCAAGCUUUGUGCAUCAAAAAGGUGCCGCUGCUGAUGGCAUUUGAGAGGGUCCAGGCACAGGUGGUUGGGGAGGCUAGGGUGGCGGGGGAGGCGGUCCUGCGCAGGCUGCUGGCAAUCGUGGCUUCCAAGCUGGCCCUGGUCCUGCUCAAGAUUUUGCUCCUGGUGCGCAGCCUGCUCCCGACGCGCAGCCUGCUCCCGGUGCGCAGCCUGCUCCUGGCCCACUCCAGACCAAGGCUGGGCAGUGCGUUCUCCUGCUUCGACGAGGUGCAAAGCACAGCAUGCCAAUGUGCAUUCCCAGAAACCACUGCCAUGGAUUUUGAUACUUUGCCUGGAGGUUUGCUGGAAUGGCUAGAUGAUUGGGGCCCACGCAUGAAGCAGAAGGUCACUGCAGCACUUGGGCAAUAUGGCCCUGCCACUGCCUUUCCUUCAACUUUGCUUGUGGGCACCGAUUGCAGUGGGAUUGUAGCCAAAGGACCACGGGAAGUCCUUCUGGCAAACACCCCUCCAACGGGCCACGUUUUUGAGGACGUCUUGGAUGCCAAAGUGCAGAUGCCUGGGUAUGUCCAUUUGUACGUCAGUGGAUUCAGCUGCAAACCAUUUAGCACCUUGCAUAAUGGAAGCAAAUUGUUGGGGGAGCCUCAGGCGAAGAUUUUCUGUGCUUUGGUGAGCCGCAUCAUGGCAGUGAGACCAGCAUGCUUUGUCCUUGGGAAUGUCCAGGGCAUCCGACGUGUGCAGGCACAGGUGGUCAAGGCAUUGCAAGACAAAGGGCUUUACCAUGUAGCCACCUUGAAGAUGGAUCCUGGUGACUUGGGUGCCUUCAAUCCAUCAGCCAGGGCCAAGAGCAUUACCAGCUGCCGCGGCAGUCAAGCGCAUUGGCUGGGCAUGCUGGCAGAGAGAGGACGGAGAGCCAGUUGGAAGAAGAGUAGUCGGGCCGCGCUGCAAUGUGCAGAAGGGCACGACCUGUACAAGCUUAGCGAUUUUAUUUUCCGCGGCUUCAGCCUUUCCAGAGAUCAGCUUGCAACAGUUCCCAGGUCCAAGACAUUGCCGAUUGCGCUGCGAAUGCUAUGGACUAGGUUGGCACAAUUCUUCUUGCAGAAGGCCAAGACAAAUGCAAAGAUUAGCUUGACAGAGGCUGUGGUUUCCUUCUUCAAGGAAACCAAGGGCGUAAAGAAGAUCAAGGCCAACACGGACAUCAACGCGUUGACCUUGGGGAAGAUGCUUUACUUUUGCGGGCAGUUUGUUGAUGGACAGGCUUCUGGCAUGGUCCUGCAAGAAGAUGGCAUGUGGAAAGUGGAUCCGGAGCCUGCUGGCAAGACCCGGCGUUCACCCACCAUGCGCGCCUUGGCGAUCAAGCAGUACCUGGUGCCAAAGGCAAGAAAAGCAUUUGCCUUGUUCCUCAUGGAGAACACACAGGUCAAAAAGGGUGCUUUGAAAAAGGAACACGUUGAAGACAUGAAAAGAGUGGCCAAGCUAUGGAAAAACUUCCCUGAAGCUGCAAAGGCUACUUACAAUGAGAACAGCGCCCAGGAAUUCCAAGCACAGAGGGAUGCGCUGAUGCGUCUAGGUCUUGAUCCUAGGCCACAGGCAGGCAAAGCUACCUGCAAGGCUGCUGGUCAGCCUUUGCAGACCCUUGAGGAAGAAGUCAAGAAUGUCAAGAAGUUUACUGUUGGGCCAUACACAGUGGCAGACAAGGAGGGUAUUCCUUUGUUGUGCAGCGGAUCCUAUGGCAAAGUGUUUUCAGCUUACACCAGCAUGGGCCGGUCUUGCGCCAUCAAAGUGUAUCGAAGCCGGGAUGCGAAGAGUGAGGCCGCCUACGAAGCCACCAUCUACAAGAAUUUAGACAAUUUGCAGCCAUCCCAUCGGGUGAGUCUAGCAAGCUGGUUGGGUGCCAAUGGCGCGAUGACCUCGGAACUGAUUCAACCUCUGGUGCGGCAGCUGCAGGCGGCAAUCCAGACUUUGCAUUGCCAGGCACGACUCUUGCACCUGGACAUCAAGCCUGCCAACAUCCUUUGGUGCUCUGAGCUGAAGGAGCUCAAGCUGUGCGACUUUGGCAUGUCACUCCAGCAGUUGGUUGAUCCUUUACAGUCUUUGCCAGAAGCAACGGCCCAAGCUCAUGCUCAAGCUCUGCCACGAUUUUGCGAAUAUGUCACAGCUCAGUAUCGACCACCAGAGCUUUGGCACGUGGGUGCUCAUUCGCAUGCCUUGGAAGCAGCUUUGACCAAGUCCGGAACCGAGGGCAAGAAGAUGGAUGACAUCAGCU